AUGGACAGCCAGCUCUUACCUGUUCUGUUGCUGCUACUGCUCCGGGCCUCAGGCCCGCGGGGCCAGGGGCCAGGGACCGACGGUCCCUCAGGGGAGCCCCCCGAGGAGGGGGUCUCCGAGGAGGAUGGGGUCUUGGUGCUGAGCCGGCACACCCUCAGCCUGGCCCUGAGGGAGCACCCUGCUCUGCUGGUGGAGUUCUACGCCCCAUGGUGUGGGCACUGCAAGGCGCUGGCCCCAGAGUACAGCAAGGCGGCUGCCCUGCUGGCAGCAGAGUCAGCCAAAACCAGGCUGGCCAAGGUGGACGGGCCUGCGGAGCCGGAACUGACCAAGGAGUUUGCUGUGACAGAGUACCCUACUCUGAAGUUCUUCCGUGACGGGAACCGCACACACCCAGAGGAUUACACUGGUCCCAGGGAGGCCAAGGGUAUCGCUGAGUGGCUGAGGCGGCGGGUGGGGUCCAGUGCCACACAGCUGGAGGAUGAAGAGGGCACCCAAGCACUGAUAGAUGCCCAGGAUGUAGUGGUCAUUGGCUUCUUCCAGGAUCUGCAGGAUGAGGAUGUGGCUACCUUCCUGGCCCUGGCCCAGGAUGCUCUGGAUAUGACCUUUGGCCUCACUGACCGGCCACAGCUCUUUCAGACUUUUGGCCUCACCAAGGACACCGUGGUCCUCUUCAAGAAGUUUGACGAGGGGCGGGCAGACUUCCCAGUGGACGAGGAGCUGGGCCUGGACCAGGAGGAUCUGUCCCGCUUCCUCCUCACCCACAGCAUGCACCUGGUCACAGAGUUCAACAGCCAGACAUCCCCUAAGAUCUUUGCGGCCAGGAUCCUCAAUCACCUACUGCUGUUCAUCAACCAGACAAUGGCACCGCACCAGGAGCUGUUAGCAGGCUUCAGGGAGGCAGCUCCCCCAUUCCGGGGGCAGGUGCUGUUCGUGGUGGUGGACGUGGGUGCCGACAACAACCACGUGCUACAGUACUUUGGGCUCAAAGCUGAGGAGGCCCCCACCCUGCGCUUCAUCAACAUGGAGACCACCAAGAAGUACACACCUGCAGAAAGGGGGCCAGUCACUGCAGCCUCGGUCACCGCCUUCUGCCACGCAGUCCUCAGUGGCAAGUUCAAGCCCUAUCUCCUGAGCCAGGAGGUCCCCGCUGACUGGGACCAGCAUCCGGUCAAGACCCUCGUGGGCAAGAAUUUCGAGCAGGUGGCUUUUGAUGAAACCAAGAAUGUGUUUAUCAAGUUCUACGCCCCGUGGUGCACCCACUGCAAGGAGAUGGCUCCGGCUUGGGAGGCACUGGCUGAGAAGUACAAGGAUCACAAGGAUAUCAUCAUCGCAGAGCUAGAUGCCACAGCCAACGAGCUGGAAGCCUUCGCUGUGCAUGGCUUCCCCACCCUCAAGUACUUCCCAGCAGGACCAGGUCGGAAGGUGAUUGAAUACAGAAGUGCCAGGGACCUGGAAACCCUCUCCAAGUUCCUGGAUAAUGGGGGCAAGCUGCCGGAAGAGGAGCCCACCAAGGAGUCCUUAGCCCCCUUCCCGGAGACACCAGCCAAUUCCACCUCGGAGCCCAAAGAAGAGCUAUAGCUGCCUUCACAUAAGUGCUGGGGAGCCAUUGUUUCCGGUGCCUGGGAAGCUGUGGGCCCUAAAUAAAGAGCUUUGGUCCUGGACUGUGUGUGGUUCCUGAGCAG